UCCAAAGUCAAACACGUAAGCAACAGAGCAUUUUUAUACAAUUUACAUUUGAUAUCGCACGGUUGUAAUUUUUAGACGAAAUUUUGUAUAUUCUUUCCUGUUCUUAAUCAAAAUAUUCUGUUUCAAAAAGCGCGUUUAGUUGCACUACUUAUACAGCAAUAUGUCGACUCCUGUUCGCGAUAAUAAAGCAUCUCGGCUGAGGGCAGUGGGAAAAACGGAAAGGCCCGCUGACUUAGUUGGCGCUUGGGCUCUUGCCACCUCAAGAUGUGCCACUUUUGGCAUUCCUGCUCCCAUCGUAAAACCUACGCCAAUGCCCGCUAAUCGAAGUCAAAGUCUGGCGGUUAGUCGCAUCCCAAUUCGACGUAUUUUGGCUCUUCAAACUCGAAGCACUUCCCCGAUUCGGUCGAUUCCUUCGGAGGGCCACACCAGUCCCAGUGCGUCAUUCACGUCCAUCCGACCUGCCUCCGAGGUGGAUUCCGAUCGCAAAACUGAACCGGAUAGGGUGACCCCCAAGCAAACUCUUACUUCAAAGCAACCACAAUUGAAUAUCCUGGCACGACAACGACACAUGGCCAUAAGGAAAGCUGGCGAUGGUAUAGGAUGUCAAUCAAUCGUGAAGGCGGAAAACGCACACCGAAAAGUGAUCGAGACGAACAAAGUUCGAGCCAUCGAGGUGCAGAAAAAGAAACUCGAGAACAUGCAGUCGGAUUUCAUGCACAAGCUCCGAUCUCUCGGUCCCCAAGGGAUAAAAAUCGAAGGUACCUUCAAGUUCAUAUCCGUUGUCCUCAACGACGAGUGCAAGGUGGUGGUCCACGAGGAUGACCUGCUGCGAUUGCCCAAGAAUCUGCCCCUUGAUAGCAUAAAUGACUUGAAAGAUCGCUGUCGAACCGUAAUCGAUUUGGGUUUGAUGAUGUUGUACGAAUACUUGCCGCAUAUUCAACGGGCAAGUAAUGAGUGCGAAGCUCGAAACAAGCGCGAGGAUAUACGGUUCAAGUUACAAAAUCUAUUAGAUCACAAAAUGAUAGGCAUUGCCGAGGAGAUCGAUCAACUGUGCGGUUCACAGGCCAAAAAUGUGGAGGCGGCCAACAGCAGUCUUUACCGCGAAAUGGCGGAUCUGCGUUUGCAAAAGCAACACGCCGAGAGUCGUUACUUCGAAGUGAAGAAGGAGCACUGCGAGGAGUUGAAUCAACUGCAAAUCGACUACGAGGCAAAGCUGGCAUCCCAGUUGGCCAGUCGGGAUCAGACCAUCACGGAGUUGAGGAAGAGCCUGAAGCGAGCCGAGGAACUUGUGGCCGAGCAGUCGAUUCGAUUGGCAGAGAGGAAUGCAACCCGGUUGAGCGAGGAUACCACCAUCGAGGAACUACGAGCUGAACUCGACAAGCUCAAGGCUAGCAACCAGCGGAUGAUUCAGCGCCUGGAAGAAACAACUGUUGGCAUGGAACGGGCCCAGAAAUCCGUUGAUAAACAUUUGGCAAAGAUCGCCUAUUUGGAGGGCGAGCUCAAGGAGGCUCGCGAGCUCAUUGUGAAUCUCCAGAAGCGUCCGGAUACCAUUGACAAGGGCGUUAGGGAGAAGGACGUGAUCAUCAGCGAUCUGAGGCUUCAGUUGCAGAAUCUCGAGCAGCACAAGAACAUGCUCAACAAGCAGGUUAAUACCACUUUGAAGAGGCACGCCGACUUGGACAGUCUGAAUGAGAAACACAAGCAAGCUUUAGAGCAGAUUAAAGAACUCUCGAACGCAUUGAAGAGCACAUCCAAAGAGGCCGAGAUCCAUGCCAAGGCAGAAGAGGAGCUGCGCAAGGAGGUGGCCAAGAUGCGCGAUCAGAUCGAACUGGAUCAGCAGAUGCUAACCGCUCGCAGCGAUUUGAUCAAUCGCCUGCAGAAGUUGGAGCACGAGAACCGCUUAAAACUAGAACAAAUGUACUUUGAAGUUAGCGAGAAGGACACGAUGAUCAAUCAGGUAAACAACGAGCUGGCCUCGAAGGAGGAGGAGUCCCACAACCUCUUCGGAACCCUAAAGCACAAGCAAACGGAGGUUAAGCGGCAGGAGCACAUCAUCCAGUUGCUGAAGGAUCAAAACGAACGGUUGAACAAUAAUCGAGCUAAGCAGGAUGAGCGGAAUGUCCUUAUGCAGGAGGAGAUUAAACACCUGAAACACACCCUUCGCGAUUAUUCCAAAAUAAUCAUUGGCAAUAAUGGUAGACACUUUUUUGAAGUUGUGCCAGCUGUCGAAGUUAGACAAGGUGACGGUUGCAGUGGCGACCAAGAUCGAGUAGAUACUCCCAUUAGCGACGACAUUUCCUCCGGGUUUCCACCGAAGCGUCUGCGAACCCAGCAGCAGUCGGAACCUCCCAGGCGGGGAAUGUCUCCACCGCAUGGUAGAUUCUUCGAGCCACUGCAUCACCAACUGCGCUCCCUCGGCUCCCAUCGAAGUUCCUCCGAACAACCACAUCGCUCGAGCACUCAACCUUCUUGCAAACACCAUUGAAAACCGCAAACCGACUUGGACUCUCUCCCCAAAACAAUGAAAAAAACCAGCAAAAUUAAUUAAGACAAUUAUAGACUCCCAGGACAAAAACGCAAGGCAAGGAAAUUCUUAAGAUAACUAAACAAAAUUUAUUGUAAUCGUUGAGCAACGGCAUCUUUUUUUGUACUCGUAAAUAAUAAAUAAUUGUCAAAUCUGG